ACUUUUUACUAUACGUUCUCCGCCUCUUAUGAGUCAGCUGUGUUCUGUGAUGAUAGCAAAGCACAUAGACCUUAUGCUUAUAAGGUCUAUGACAAAGCAUGAAGAUCGGAAAACCUAAUCAUAGAACAAAGAUAAGAACCUAAUAUAUAAGAAAAAGUAGGGUUGCGCCAUAGACCUUGUACUCUUGAGUAUAAGGUCUAUGGGUUGCGCAAACAAGAUUCAAAUACGUAUUAUUGCUGACAUACCUCUAUAUUAAAUAUUUUGUCAUGUGAAUUUGAACUGAUAAACGACGAAUGUCAUGAUCACGGGACACGGAUACACGAGUUAAAACUACUUAUGUUAAAAUCUUGUUAACUUAGUUGCCUAUUUCUUUUAUUUCGUUAAACAUUUUUAAAUUAAUACCUUCACACUUAUUUCAAGUAAUACAUGUAGAUUGUUAAAGAUAAUAGGUAUAUCUUAAUGAGCUCUAAAGAGGAAUUUUUAUCAAAAACUGAACGGACCAAGUGUUGGUCGUCUCGUGAUAAUUUCUGGGAAUGUUUGCGUUCCAACAAUGAUAAAGGAGACAGAUGUACAGAUCUCAGACUAAUCUAUGAAUCAUCUUGUCCAGUUCAAUGGGUGAAACACUUUGAUAGAAAAUAUAACUAUUUGAAGUUUAAAGAAAAAAUGGAAAAAGAUGGUUAUGAACCUUUAAAUGAAAAAUGAUGCACUUAAUAUAAUGUACUCAAUGAUGAUUUGUUAGUUUAAUUGGUAGGUAACAUUAAUAGUCAAUAUAGUUUAUUUGAAAUUAAUUUUAUUA